UGGGUUAUAGCGGACGAUCCGGAUGCUGCUAGUGUAUUGACGUGGCUUGGCGACAGUAAAAAUAAAUUCGACAUCAUCAAUGUUAAAAAUUUUAGUAAAGUUCAGGAACAGCUUCCGUAUUUAAGCGGUAAAGACGAUGAUGCUUUCCAGAUUUCUCUGGCAGCAGCGAAGAAACACGAACUGCACAUAUUGUUGAAGAUGUCAAUCGUAAUGACGACCACACUUAUAAUGUUAUUAGCAACGUAA